AACCAAGAAAAAAAAAUUCCGCUGUCAAAACAACGCAGAAAAGCGAAGUUGCUGCAAAUGUUUAGCUGAAAAUAAAAAUUAGUGUUCGUUUUUUUGUGGAGUGCUCACUGUGAGGUGGAAAAUAUCGCUAAAACAGAGAGGUUUCGUGUUUUCGGUGCUUUCCGGGCAAGUCAUAAAUACGCGCCAAUUCGCUGCCUGAGACGGCCAACCGAUGGAUGACGACCUCACCGAAUAUGCUCCGGACAUUCCGGACAAUGUUUUGGAGCUGAUUUUCUCCUACCUGAAGCUGCAGGACCUGCGAAACUGUUCGCUGGUGUGCAAAAGUUGGAACCGCUUUCUGAACGAUGAAAACAACGAGGUGUGGCGGGCACAGUGCAUGCAGAAACUAUCGCCGGACGCGUUCAAGACCGACCUGCUCUCGGUGGUUCCCACAUACAAAGCGAAGUUGAGGGCUUUCUUCCACGCUUGGAAUCCGUACGACUGUAGCCGACAUGUUUACAUCAAACCGAAUGGGUUCACGCUGCACAGGAAUCCAGUGGCACAGAGUACGGAUGGCUCCCGUGGAAAGAUUGGAUUCCAACAUGGGAGGCACGCCUGGGAAGUGAGAUGGGAAGGUCCACUGGGGACGGUGGCCGUCGUUGGGAUUGCCACGAAAGACGCUGCAAUACAGUGCCACGGUUAUUAUGCUCUACUGGGCGCAGACGAUCAGAGUUGGGGAUGGAACCUGGUGGACAACUUGCUGCUUCACAAUGGGGACGCCCAUGGAAUCUACCCGUUGCUCAACAAUGCGCCCAAAUACAAAGUUGGCGAGCGUAUUCGCGUUAUCCUGGACUGCGACGAUAAUACGCUAUCUUUCGAGAAGAACUACGAGUUUCUAGGGGUAGCUUUCACUGAUUUACCGGAUAAAGUGUUUUACCCGACGGUGGCGGCAGUCUACGGUAAUACGGAAAUAUCGAUGGUGUACCUCGGUCCACCUUUGGAUGGGUAAAGGUAUAUCUGGCAAGUAUAUCUGGGUAAGUACGCAAAACCAGGCUUCACGGGAGCCAACAACAGCGAGAGCAUGCGCAGCGGUUGCAGACACACCCCCAAAGUCCGCGUCCAAUUUUCUAGGAUAGAGCAAAGCAAAGGAUACUUACACGAGCAAGUACUGAGCACACUCACAGACUCAUAUAUAAAGCGGGAACGGGCUUAUGUUUCAAAAUUAGAAUGAAAAAUCACGUAAAAUUUUUGAAUGUAAAUCACAUGAAAAGAAAAAGUUUAGAGUUCUAAAAGUUUUAUUUUUUUAUAUUAUGUAAGAUCAAUAGUGACAAACUGAUAUACUUUCUCUAGUUCUCUAGUUUUUAUAAUUUUCGAACUCAUGUUUGCAACGCUAGAAAUUCUCACUUUCAAAUUCAAAUAAGUUUAUCACUUUAAUCCCUCGUUUUUUUUUGUUUUAUGUUCGAAUAUUUUCUUAUAAAUGAAAGGAAACAUAAGCCAUUUCCUGCUACACAAAAACACACCCAUAUAUGUACACUCAAACACACGGCGCCUGUUUAAUCGAAUCUAGUCCAGCUCCAGCAGCACCGAUCGACAACAACCGAAGGGUAUUUCGACUGAAAUUUACCAAACCGAGAGUUAGGGGAAUGAGAUUAGUGAAAUGUGGAAGAGCUACGAAAUGCGACAACGUCUCACGUCGGACACAAUCUCUCUUUUUAACACCUAUCUAUAAUUACGAUGAAACGAUUAACCGAUCAGUAAAGAUUUUUCGUUUUCUUUUGAUAUAUAAAUCAUGGAAAAAAGUUUGUGGGUCGGAUGAGAUUUUGUAUAGCACUAAGUAAGGUCGAUUAUGCUUCGUUAGUUGCCAUAUUCUAGGUAAAAUAAGAAUCAUUCCAGUUUAUUUGACUGCCGGUUUUACGACUUGAAUUUUAUAUGUACUGUGUACUUAAACAUUAUUUUAGUCUGUUUCAAAGAAGUUAUUUUGUAUUUUUUAAAUUGAAAUUAUUUAUAUUAAUUUAAUUAGUAUUUUUAUUAGUCAAUGAAUCUCAGUUUGCCAAAGAUUUUUUUUUAGUUUUAAUUUUUGAUUUCAAAUCAGUGUAGGUAGUAACAUUCCAGCAUCGUGUUAUAAGUAUUAUAUCGUUAUUAUUUAUUGCAAAUAAAUGGAGAUGAGAAGAUA